UUGCAUAGUUGUUGUUAUUUGUCGCAAUUGUGAUAAAAUGAAUGUGUCUAAAACAUUACCCCGCAUGGUCCAAAUACAUGCUCAGGUGAAUUGCUGUUGCCAUGAUGCCCAUGGGUGUGAAUGGCGUGAAGCUGUAUGUUGUCUUACUAACAUGAUGUAAUACUUUUCCACUUACAAAGUAUGUAAUUCCUCCUCUCAGGAAAGAGCUCUAAAGUCACGCAGGAUACUAACCUCACUGCAUACUCACAAAAUCCAGUUUCCACAAUGCAAGAUGCAUUUACAGAAUACAGAAGUGAGUACUUUGGCUUAAAUAGCAGCGUUACUCUGAACUGCUCCAAUAAGACAUUGGCUUCGAUUCUCUUCAUUACCUGGACGAUAGACAUUGACGGAAAGCAGUGUCAAAUGGCUCAUAGUGAUAACGAUUCUAAACAUGAUACAUGUAAAGAUGGAAAGAUCCUGCGCAACAACACAAAUGGAGAAACAUACCUGUACAUUCCUCACUUUACAAAACGAGAUGAAGGACGGUAUCAGUGUGAGACUGUGUUCAACGGUGGAUCCAGUAAAGUAGUAAUAAAUGUAUCUGCCAAAGUCCCUCUACAGAUUUCCACCAGACUGGACCUUGACCACAGAGAAGCUGUGUGUUCAGCUGCAGGGGUUAAAUCAAACGUCUCCAUCUCAUGGAGAACUGCGUGGGACACCACUGUAACCAGCAGCUCUGUACCCAACCCAGAUGGCUCCUACACCACGGAGAGCCGACUCAAACUGCCCGACCAUGUGCAUGGUACCGAGCUGCACUGCAUAGUGACACACCCCAGCUGGACAGAGAAUUACACAGAGACACUUCAACUCCCUAAUCCAUUAAAAGGCAGAACCAUUGAAGCCUGGCAGUGGAUAAUUAUAUUUCUGGAUUUAUGUUGCUUUUCAGUGGGUAUUAUUAUUGGACUUUAUAUUAUAUGGGAACAUCUCAGCAAGAUCAGCAGAAGCUGCUGCAACUCCAGGACAUCAGCUACCCCCCCCACCCACCCCACUCCGUCAGACCCCAAAACGUUGGUAAAGGUGUGUAAAGGCCGGCAGUAGCUGAACCUAACAGCGUGGCUACAUAGGUUAUAUCAGCAGUGAUUAGCUAAGACGGAUCGUACCUCUCAUAGUAUGGCCUGGAGGAAUGUCGUUUUAUGUGUUGCUAUUCUUAAAUACAUGAAGUGUGAUCCAUUGUGUAGUGCAAUAAACUGAAUCAAUAAAAUAAAAUGUUUCUUGGUCUGUAAUGUACAAUUUCACCUUGUUAGCUUCCUUGGUAGUUCUUCCUCUGUGCUUUGU